AUGGACAUAAAUAACAAUAAUAAUAACAAUCAUGGUGGAGAGCCUCACUACGUUCCCGGAACACCUUUCCGUGGUAUUAACCUACUCAAUUCACUCCAAUCUGUAAGAGACAUGCCUGAAUUCCCAGCUGUGCCGUUAGCUUUGCCUACCUCUACCAACGCCAACUUGCCAGGUGUUGCUAUUACAGUGGAAAACGCAGACUUCGAGAUCUUUCACCUCGUCGACAAUUCCAUCGAACCUCUUAUAAACUUUAUCAACAGCGAUGAAAAGUAUCGGGCCAUGGCUGCAAAGUACGCUAACAUGAAAAAUGUACCAGUAAAAACAGCCAUACUGUACACCUGUAACAAACUGGUGAUGAUGGAUACAAACACCGCUUUCAACCAGAUAAUGUCUACUAAAGUCGGUAAAGCCUCGAUUGAUAGUCUCCCCAAGUUCGAUUUCGAAUCCAGUACUGCCGACAUCGAAUCACAUCUACUACUCAUUGAAAGUACCAUACCUUUGCCUAACGCCAGAGCUAAAGUAUUUUUCAACACUCUCAACGAGAAAUCCAGAGCCCUAACAAGAAACUUCCAUGUUGCCGCAAAUGCAUCUUGGAAUGAAUACAAAUCCAUGAUGGUGAAGCUAUUCAGUCGUGAGUUUCCACCAGAACACUAUGUCGGUAUUCUCGCCAAACUAAAGUUUCUGCCUAACCGCGACGACAUAGUUUCUUUCAAUCUGACCUUCACAAAAGUGGUAAAUAAGACCAGAAACAUCGUGAACUCCCAGACGGCCGCUGCAAUGUAUGCCAAUGCUUUGCGUAAUGUAAGAAACUUGGAAUCCAUUAAAAACCUGCCAGACUUAGAAUCCCGUAUGUUGGAGACCGCAGAGUUAGUUGUUAAAUAUGGCAUAAACGGUCGACGUAUCUGUACCUUACAGAAUAUUGUUGAUGAUGAGGAGAAAGUUGGUUCAAAGAACCAUAAAGGUGGCUUUGUUGAAAAAAGACCACAUGAUUUCAAAAAGAAUCUCCAUAAAAAUAAAAAUAACCACCACGGUGCUAAGCCAGCAUGUUACGUAUGUGGUAAAGUCGGUCAUCUUGCUAAAGACUGUUACUUUAAAAACAAGAACAAAGAUGCUACUGUUAACUUUAUAAACAGUACACCAGCAAUACAAGCUGUAAUCAAUGACCAGAAAACGGUCGCGGUUGUAGACACCGGAGCAGACAUAUCAGUCAUAAGUAAAGACAUGGCAAAACGUCUAAAUGUAAGCAUACAAAAAUGUAAUCCUAUUAAAAUUAAUAAUGUUAGUAAUUCUAUAUUAUGUAAUGAAUUUACAAACAUAAAAUUUUAUAUUACUACGGAUAAUAAUAAAAGAUUAGAAUGUAAUGAAAAAUUCUAUGUUAUUAAUACCCACAUUGAUUAUAUCAUAUUAGGUGUGAACUGGCAAGCUUCAGCCUGUAUUACCCUGUCUGCUAAUCCAGAAGGUGUAAUAAUAUCAGUAAAAGUUAAUAAUGAUAUACACAAACUAAUUAAUCUUAACAAAAAUAGUUUAAACAAAAAUCUAAUAAAAAUUAAAUUAAAUGAAUUAAAGAACGAACGUAAAGUUCAAGAUAAAAAUAUUAAUUUUUUGAAAAAUAAAAUUAAUAAAAUAAAUGUGAAAAAUCGUGAUCAGUUUAACGAAUUAGAUCGAUUAUUAAAAAAACAAAAUUUAAUUCAGUCUGAGAUUAAAAAAAUUAUUGAUGACGUAAAUAAAGAUAAUAGGGUUAAAAAUAAAAAUAAUACUGAUUUCACGCCCCAUUAUGCUUGGGUGAAUAUAAAUGAAAUCUAUGAUGAUAUUUCAAAAGAUGUAGAUACAGAUAAUGAUAAAAAAAUGAAUGAAUCUGUUACAGAUAAUAUCGACAUCGAAAACGAAACAAAAGUUGUAGAAACUUUGAAACGGUUAUUCCCAAACGUGUUUAUACCGUUUGAUGGUUUACCACCUUCAAGAGGUAAACAGUUUGAUAUGACAAUUAAAUUAAAAACGGAAGAGAUUCCCAAAUCAAAGUUAUAUCCUGUACCAAUAGCACACUUAGAAGAAUUAAAAAAACAAAUUAAUGAUAGAUUGAAUAAAGGGUGGAUCAAGAGAUCUAGAUCCCCAUUUGGUAGUCCUAUCUUAUUCGUCUCUAAACCAGACGGUGGAUGGAGACUUUGUGUCGACUACAGAGAGCUAAAUAAAAUUACUGUUCGUGAUGAUUAUCCUCUUCCAAGGAUUAAUGAAUUAUUAAAUAAUACAAGAUUAGCUUACUGGCUAUCAAAGUUGGAUCUGUUAGACGGAUACCAUCAAAUUCGUAUCAAUGAAGGCGAACAAUACAAAACUGCUUUUAAAACUACAUUUGGUACAUUUGAAUAUACAGUAACACCGUUCGGGUUAGCCGGAGCAGGUGCUAAUUUUCAACGAUUAAUGGAUCACAUAUUCCAGUUGGAAAUUUUAAAUAUGAAAAUAUGUGUAUAUCUAGAUGAUAUAUUAAUCAUGACUAAUUCAGAUAGUUUAGACGAUCAUAUCAAUGAUUUGAUCGAAAUUUUUAAAAUUUUACAAAAACAUGACUUUAAAGUCAAAUUAUCGAAAUGUAAAUUUGCUAGACGAGAAAUUGAAUUCUUAGGUCAUGUAGUUGGUCGUGGAGUAAUAAAACCACUUCACAAUAAAAUAGAAUCAAUUUUAAAUUGGAAAAAACCCGAGAAUAAGAAUGAAAUGAGAUCAUUCAUAGGUUUAGUGGGUUAUUAUAGAAGAUUUAUCAGUAAUGUAUCAUCUAUUGAGAUUCCUUUACUUAAUAUGAUAAAAGAUAAAUCUGAAUUUGUGUGGACUGAAGAAGCCACAAAUGCUUUUAAUCAGAUUAAGAAAUUGGUCGAAGAUGUUAAAUAUCUUGUCGCACCAAAUUAUACAAUACCAUUUCAUCUUGAGUGUGACGCAUCUAAAUACGGCAUUGGUCAUGCUCUAUAUCAAAUUAAUAAGUUAGAUAAUAUAACCAGAGAUUUCAUCUCUUUUGGUUCAAGAAAACUCACAAUCAGUGAAAUAAAUUACACUGUGUUAGAAAAAGAAUUGUUAUCAAUCAUUCAUGCUUUGAAAGUAAAUUAUUAUCAUUUGAUAGGACACGAAGUGAUUAUAAAUACUGAUCACAAAAAUAUCAAGUUCCUACGCGAACAAUACGCAAUAGGAAUUAAUUCUAGAAUCAACAGAUGGUUACAAUUCAUUGAGUUGUUUAAUCCGACAUUACAAUACAUAAAAGGUGAAACAAAUGUUAUAGCCGAUGGUUUAUCAAGAUAUACUUUUGAUAUCAAUAAUAUUAAAAUAUCUUAUGAUAAUGAUCUAUUAGAAAAUAUAAAAGAUAGUUAUAAAUUGGAAAUCAAAAUGAUUGAAAACGAUGAAAUUAAACUACAAUCUAUUUAUAAAAGUGAUAAAGUUACAACUCUAAAUGAUGUUAAAUAUUUUGAAGGUAAAAUUAUUAUACCUAUGGUAAAGCCAUUAAUUGAUCAAAUAUUACAUUUAUAUCAUAAUUCAUCUACAUCUGCACAUAUCAAUGCGUUUAGCAUGUUAGAACAAAUUUCUAAAAAAUUUAUUUGGGAUUCAAUGAAAUCCGAUAUUUAUAAAUUUUAUAAAAGAUGUGAUGUAUGUAACAAAGGUAGUGAUUAUGGUGAUAAGAGAAGAGGUUUUUUACAACCAUUACCAAUAAUGAAUGACAGAUUUUUAGCACUGUCAUGUGACUUUAUUACGAAUUUAAAUGAAGUGGAAGAUAGUAAUGGUAGAAAAUUCAAUCAAAUCUGGGUAAUCGUAGAUAGAUUUUCAAAGUAUACUACAUUAAUACCCACGCAUAGCACAUAUACUUCUUUAGAACUUGCUAGAUUAUUCAAAAGCGAGUUUAUAAAGAUACACGGAGUACCAUUAUACAUCUCCAGCGAUAGAGACAGCAAACUAACUUCCAAAACUUGGAAAGAAUUUGCUAAAUUAUUAAAUAUCAAACUUAAUUUCACUACAGCUGAUCAUCAACAAGCUAAUGGACAAGCUGAGAUAGUGAUUAGAGCGAUUAAAAAUACUUUAAGAAAGUUAUUAAUCGAAGACAAAGAAAAUGAUUUAAACAGAAAUUGGUAUCAACAUGUAGAUACAAUUCAGUUUGGAUUAAAUAAUACUAAAUCUACUUCUACAAAUUAUACACCAUUCUUAAUUGCUUAUGGUAGAAAUCCAUCUACUGUCGCCGACUUGGCAAUUCCUUUAAAUAGAGAACCAAGUGAUACAGUGAACGAUAAUGAGAUUGAAUCAUUAUUAAAUUAUACCUCUACAAUCAUUAUAAAUGUUAGAAAUAACUUAAUUAAGAUUAGAAACAAGAUGUUGUCUAAUUAUAAUAAAAAUAAAAAGUAUAAUGAUUUUAAGAUCGGUGAUAAAGUGUAUGUUAAGGAAAAGAGACCUUCCAAGAAGUGGAACAAAUUAGAAGCAGUAUACGCUGGUCCCUAUGAGAUCAUCGAUAUUGACAAACAAAAUUUAAAUAUAACUAUAAGAGAUUAUAUCUCUGGAGUUUCAAGAAUUAGAACAACGUCUAAAACGUUGCACGUAAAAUACUUUAAACACGCUCCAAAGGAUGACGUGAACGAGAGAGAAUACAUUCCAGUAGAAAAAUUAGAUUCUUUUCUAAAUAAUGAUGAAUUAAUAUCCGAUGUAAAAAUGUCUGAUAUCAGUAAUGAAGACGAAAUCACAGAUGAAACUAUGGAUCAAGACGACGUAGUUAAUCAUCAAGAUGAAAUUAAUCAAGACGAAGAUGAUAUCUCUGAUCUUGAAGAUUUAAAUGAUUUGAUGACUGAUAUAUCAAGUAUUGAUUCGUCAUUAGAACCUAAAGGACAUUUUUCAGAUUUACAGUUAUCGAGAAUCUUAAAUCCUGAAAAAAAUACAUAUCAUAAAGUUAGAGAAAUUUUAAAUAAUAAUAAAUCUAGCCCAAAUACAUUUAUAAAUCUUUUAAGAACUUUAGAAGAAAAGGAAUCAGUAAUAGAUUACCCUCACAACAAAGUAACAGAGGAAUCUAACCUUUUAAUAAAUAGUAUUAUGAAAUUUGCAAUAUCGCCAGAAUUAUUCGAAAUGAUUCAGAAAAGAUCAUUUAAAAUAGUAUCUAAAAGAAGAUUAACUAGUAACACUGAUUAUUUAGUUAAAAUAAGUAAUACUGUUGGAUGGGUUUCAAGACAAAUCCUCGCCAAACAUGCAUCCAAACAAAUCAACGAUUUCAACAAGAAAAUCGACAACCUCAACCCUGUAGCCAAUAUUAACAGUUUACUGUUUAGAGAGAACAAUAUUCUAAACGCCUUAGAGACAGUUACCAACCCACAUCACCGCAAUAAACUUAUGUCAAAGUACCAUAAGAUCAAAUCCAACACCGCUGUAUUCUUCUUGAAUACUUCUUUUUAA